UUAACGGUAUGAUCAUUGAUUCAAGAGGUCUGCAUUUUAACGGUAUGAUCAUUGAUUCAAGAGGUCUGCAUUUAACGGUAUGAUCAUUGAUUCAAGAGGUCUGCAUUUUAACGGUAUGAUCAUUGGUUCAAGCCAGUGAGGUAUAUAAUUCAGUUCAGGCACUGCUGCAUCUAGGCUACAUAGCAGCCCUCAACCCGAGGGACAGCAUGUUUACUUGUGCCAUCCUGAAAGAGCCUCUCAGGGUGACAAAGACCGCAUUCACCAGUAACCGGAGCUCGCACGCUGCCACAUCAAGUAUUUGAGCAGGAUGGUGUUUCGGCCUAUCUGUUUGCGGCCACAUUCACCAACAACACAGCUCAGGAAAUGUAGGUAACACAUGAUUAAAGUCUGGUGGCGGAUGUCCUAAUCUUGCCUGACAGAGCAGAGACAGACUGUAGGCCUAACUUCAUUGUUUUCCUGAGACGGGGCCGACUGGUUUUUCCUCAUAGCGGAGGGGGUAGCAGGUGUGAGGAAGGAGGACCUUAACUUUUGUCCUUGUCAUCCUAGCCCAGGUGGAAGAGAUCAUUAUUCUGAGUUCGACGGAGAGGCGAAUGUGACAGGGCAGUUGACGUUAAAGUUGUAGAACUUCUGGAGUUAAUGGCAAAGGGUGCAUGAGCAGUUAAUGGAUAUAAGGACUGGAAGUCUGACAGGAUUUCAUGGAGCUAACUCAGUGGGCUACUCAGUGGAUAACAGGUGGUCGUUCUACCUUUCACAGAGCCGGUAAGCGCCCCAGUUUGUGUCGCUGCAAAACAUUUAGAGUGGCUGUUCUGAGAACAUUAUGCUCGUGGGUGUGUUUCACCGCUCUCGUCUGUGCGCUCUUUCUCCUCCUUGGAGUGUGUUUUCUCAAUCUCUUUGACCCACGACUCCAACCCCUCUCUCUCACUGGAGUCGAACCCAGAGAUGUCACCCUUCUGUUGUGGACUCACCCCUUCGGCCAAUACCGCAGACUGCCGGACUGCGAGGCGCGCUUUGGGAUACGUGGGUGCGUACUGACCGACGACCGACGCAUGUACCCUGGGGCCGACGCCAUCAUCAUGCACCACCGUGAGAUAGCAACCAACGCCACGGCACUCCCGUCCGACCCACGACCCCGUGGCCAGAAGUGGAUCUGGAUGAAUUUUGAAUCCCCGUCUCACACUCGUGGCCUGCGGCGGUUCGAGGGCUUGUUCAACCUCACCAUGACCUACCGUGCCGAUUCAGACAUCUUUCUCCCCUACGGCUACCUUGUGACCCGCCUUCACCCUCACGCCAACGCCCCCCACACACGCCCCCGACGGCUCCACCUACUGGCCUGGGUCAUCAGUAACUGGUCGGAGUCGCAGGCCCGCGUGGCGUAUUACCGUCGGCUGGUUAACUACGUUGACGUGGAUGUGUUCGGGCGUGCAGGUGUGCCACUGCCAGAGGACAGCACUGUGGUGCGCACGGUGAGGCGUUACCUGUUUUAUCUGGCGUUGGAGAACUCACAGCACACCGACUACAUCACCGAGAAGCUCUGGAACUCCUUACUGGCCGGGGCCGUUCCUGUAGUUUUUGGGCCUCCGCGGGAAAACUACGAACGCUUCCUCCCCCAUGAUGCCUUCAUUCAUGUGGACGACUUCCCCUCUCCCCACCUGCUCGCCCAAUACCUGAUGCUGCUGCGCCGGAGCCCCUCCCUCCUGCAGAGACACCUGGCCUGGAGGAGGAGCUACAGCGUGCACCUGACCGCCUUCUGGGCGGAGCAUUACUGCACAGCGUGUCGCGUUGUUCGGAACCACAGACUCCGGACUGACACCAUCACCAACCUUCAGCGCUGGUUUGAGUCCUGACCCCUGACCUCUGCUUUUUGACCUUCCAAUAUGUGGUGACUACUAUGAACACGAUUGGUCAGAAAUCUAGCCACAACCCCAUCUGUAGCAGGGAAUCUAUAGGAACUGUCUUCAACACCAUUUAGUAAACAGUGGAUCACAGGAAGAAAACACUUCAUAUUUAUUGAACAUCAUUGAACUGUAAUUCACUUGUCUGUUAUUUUUGUUGUUGUUAUUAGUCAGGGUUCAGUAGUAUUAUGAAGUGUGUUGUGUCAGACUGUCUAAGAAACAUAGAUAUUGCUUUAAUCAGCGUGUUGUGUGGAUAGUUAAGAUGGCUGCUUUUGGAGGCCUAGCCUUUCUUAAACUUAAGGACGGGACAGUGGAAUGGGUUAAGCAUCAUGGCCAUGUUAACCCCAGUAGCCUUGAUACUGCCCUGACAUGACCAGGUGACCAGGUUCUAUUUACCCCACACCACUAGACAUGGGCAAUGUCAACCCCAAGAUAAACCACAACACUACCCCCUGGCUCCUGUUCCACCUCCAAAGAAGAUACCUGUGACACACACACACACACACACACACACACACACACACACACACACACACACACACACACACACACACAGCUCCAUCCACCUCUAUGAUCCCUCUCAUAGAAAUUGUACAAGGUAUAUUUAGUACAUCAAAUGUCCAUGUCUUUCUUACCUUACUUGUCUGAUUGGUUCAGUUGUUUCAGUCCAAGGUAUUUCACACUUUUUAAUGUUUUUUUCCCACUACAUGUGAACAUUCUAAUGUAUGUUUGCAAUUGCAACAAAUGAAACUUGAACUUGACCUGCUUAAGCAAGUUUUGCCUCCAAAGUAGUCACUCUUACGCAUAAUCACAAUUGGUGGCGCUUUGUCUUCGAACAUAGACCAAACCCAUUGUUGGUCUUUAUUUAAAGGCCUAUCCCAUUGUGGGUCUUUAUUUAAAGGCCUAUCCCAUUGUUGGUCUUUAUUUAAAGGCCUAUCUCAUUGUUUGUCUUUAUUUAAAGGCCUAUCCCAUUGUUGGUAUUUAUUUAAAGGCCUAUCCCAUUGUUGGUCUUUAUUUAAAGGCCUAUCCCAUUGUUGUUCUUUAUUUAAAGGCCUAUCCCAUUGUUGUUAUUUAUUUAAAGGCCUAUCCCAUUGUUGGUCUUUAUUUAAAGGCCUAUCCCAUUGUUGGUCUUUAUUUAAAGGCCUAUCCCAUUGUUGGUAUUUAUUUAAAGGCCUAUCCCAUUGUUGGUCUUUAUUUAAAGCCUAUCCCAUUGUUGGUCUUUAUUUAAAGGCCUAUCCCAUUGUUGGACUUUAUUUAAAGGCCUAUCCCAUUGUUGGUCUUUAUUUAAAGGCCUAUCCCUUGUUGGUCUUUAUAUAUACGUGACCUACUUGUUGUGUGUAUGUACUGACAAGUAUGUGGAACUGAUAGAUUCACACACACGCUACAUGUUAAUGUAUUUAAAUGUAUGUAAAUUGUAAAGUAUUUUGCCUGUAAUGUCUUCUUUUUUUCUUAUGUG